ACGUCUAUCCCAGUUGCCUCUCCAGUAGCCAACAUGCCGCGGCCAGCUCUACACGCCAAACUCUCCCUCCCCUCGCGCCUCAAACACACAAACAGCAGCGCUGCCAACUCCAAUCCCAACAGCGUGCCCGCAAGUCGUAGCGCAAGUCCAAAACGUACAAUGACUGAGAACUCAAAGCCGACCGACCUGGUGCUGCGCGCCAAUGUCAUUCAGGGCAGAAAUCUGGCUGCAAAGGACCGCAGCGGCACCUCUGAUCCUUACCUCGUCUUGACCUUGGGCGAUGCCAGACACACGACCCCCACCAUAAACAAGACGUUGAACCCCGAAUGGAACUGCACCCUUGAGUUCCCCGUCACCGGUGAGCAGACACUGCUCUUGGAAGCGUGUUGCUGGGACAAGGACCGUUUUGGAAAAGACUACAUGGGCGAGUUCGACGUCAUACUGGAAGACCUCUUCCAAAACACCCGCUUGGUCCAGGAACCCCGAUGGUUCCCCCUCGAGUCGAGGCGCGGAGGGAAAAAGAAAUCGGUUGUGUCGGGAGAGAUACAAAUGCAGUUUACUUUGGCCGAUACAAGCAAUCCCAAUGCGAGCACGGAGGAACUUGCUAGAAAAUUCAUGGCCUUGACUGCUCAAUCCCCGAGCCCUGACGAGGAAGACGAUGAUGCUUUGCUGCGUGCGGAUAGUGCUGAUGCGGAUGACAUGGACGAGGACGACAGCUCGGACGAAGCCAUGGAUGAAUCGAAAAAGGCGGAGAGACACGAAAAACGAAGGAAGAGACUGAGACUAGCCAAAUUGAAGAGGAAAGCUAUCAAGUCGAGUGCUUAUGAAUUCUCCGAUAAAACAGAAGUGGCUGGCGUUCUGUUCCUGGAAAUCACCAAGAUCACAGACCUUCCACCAGAGCAUAACGUUACCCGAACAUCCUUUGAUAUGGACCCUUUUGUCAUUACAUCCCUUGGAAAGAAGACAUACCGGACCAAGACCAUCAGGCAUGACCUUAACCCUGUAUACGACGAGAAGCUCGUGUUUCAAGUAUUGCAGCAUGAGACAAACUAUUCCGUCAACUUUACUGUGGUCGACAAGGACAAAUUUUCUGGUAACGAUUACGUUGGAGAAGUCAACUUCCCUCUAGAAAAAGUGCUUUCCAUUGCUCCCGUGGCUGAUCCUAGCACGGGACUUUUUAAAAUACCUGAACCUUCCGACUCUCCGGGUGUUCCAGAAGCUAGGAGAUCUCGGUUUCGUCUGCCCAUGUCUCGUUCUUCUUCAGCCCAUAGCCUUUCCCGACUCGGCCGGCCGGGUUUGAAGAAGGAGAGUUCCGCGAGUUCACUAUCUAACAAAGAUAGUAGCGGCAACCUGGCACCACCUUCGACCAGUACCCCUCUGACCGGGAGCGAAUCGAACAGUAGCACGACGCAGAGCAUGUCUACCGUCAACGUUGACCCUUCCGCAGUAGAUGAUCAAGACCUCAAGAUGUUCACGCUGCCUCUGGAACUGAAGAACAAAGAGCGCUGGGAGGCCACCCAUAACCCUACACUCUACAUUCAGGCCAAAUACCUCCCGUACAAAGCGCUUCGGCAGCAAUUCUGGCGUGCUAUGCUCAAGCAGUACGAUGCCGACGAUAGUGGUCUAAUCGACAAGGUUGAAUUGACCACAAUGCUCGACACCCUAGGCUCAACCUUGCACGAGUCUACCAUCGACAGUUUCUUUACCAGAUUUGCGCAGCAGCAUCAGGGCGAGGAGCUUUUGACUUUCGACGAGACUGUGAGGUGUCUCGAAGACCAAUUGCAGCGUAUUGAAGAAGCAUCGUCAAAGAAACAUAUUUGGAGUCGAUCUGCGACUUCCACUAGCGACCUACUAACGACAGGAACAGCGACACCCGCCCUUACAUCCGGCACACAAACACCGCUCAAUGCUCAUUCCUCCCAAACUUCUAUCCCGGCCUUAGAGUCUGACCUUCUUGGUAAGGAAGGGGAAGAAGGGGACUUCAUUCGGCCAGAUGAGUUGGGAGACGAGAAAGGGGAGGAGCACGUCAUCGAAAUCCGCGAGUGCCCAAUCUGUCAUCAACCUCGAUUAAAUAAGAAGUCUGACGCUGACAUCAUCACUCAUGUGGCGACAUGUGCUAGCCAAGAUUGGAGGCAGGUUAACAAUAUUGUCAUGUCCGGUUUCGUCACCUCCAGCCAGGCCCAGCGCAAAUGGUACUCCAAGGUCAUCACGAAGAUCUCAUAUGGCGGGUAUAAGCUCGGGGCCAACUCUGCCAAUAUUCUGGUGCAAGACCGUUUAACUGGUCAAAUUAACGAAGAGCGGAUGAGUGUCUAUGUUCGACUUGGCAUCCGGCUGUUGUACAAGGGUCUCAAAUCCAACAGCAUGGAGAAGAAGCGAAUCCGAAAACUUCUCCGUUCUCUCAGUUACAAACAAGGGAGAAAAUACGACGACCCUGCUUCGGCAGCCGAAAUCCCUGGGUUCAUAGCGUUUCAUCAACUGGAUAUGUCGGAAGUGCUCCUAUCAACCUCUGAAUUCAAAAGCUUCAAUGAAUUCUUCUACCGCGCUCUGAAGCCUGGGGCGCGACCAUGUUCUGCUCCCGACGAUCCUCGGGUUAUUGUGUCUCCCGCUGACUGUCGAUCGGUCGUCUUCAAUACCCUAGAAUCAGCACAGGCAAUCUGGGUCAAGGGACGCGAAUUCACGCUCCAGCGUCUGCUUGGAGAUGCCUAUCCUGAAGAUGCAAAGCGAUAUGUCGGUGGCUCUCUAGGUAUUUUCCGUUUGGCUCCGCAAGACUAUCACCGAUUUCACAUUCCCGUGGAUGGCGUAAUGGAUGAACCGAAAACAAUCGAAGGCGAGUACUACACUGUGAACCCAAUGGCAAUACGAUCGGCGCUCGAUGUAUAUGGUGAAAACGUGCGCAUCGUUGUCCCCAUCGACUCCGUGGCCCAUGGCCGCGUAAUGGUUAUUUGCGUUGGCGCUAUGAUGGUCGGGAGCACCGUCAUUACACGCAAGAAAGGUGAACAGGUGAAGCGUGCCGAAGAGCUGGGCUAUUUCAAGUUUGGUGGUAGCACUCUUCUGCUUCUGUUUGAGCCCGGCCAGAUGAAAUAUGACGAUGAUCUUCACGACAAUUCCAAGUCAGCAUUGGAGACUCUUGUCCGCGUGGGCAUGUCUAUCGGCCAUAGUCCCAACAGGGCAGCUCACGAACCCGACAUGAAGAAGAGCAAUCCCACCAUGGAGGAAAAGCAGGAUGCAAAGAGGCGCAUCGAGGGCAGUCUUGCGCCGAAAACUACAGGCCCCAUGGCGGGCGCUGGCAUGUGA